GGCUUGUUGUCCCUAUGUGUAUCAUUAUGGAACAAAUCAGUGUCUAGGACAAAAGCUCUUAACUCUCCGUCCCCUUUCAAUUUUUUUUUUUAAAAAAAUUAUAAGCACGAUAUCUCAAAAGUAAUAAUAAAAAAUAAUUUGUGUUCAUGGAAUAUAACCCGCGUCAGUGAAACAUUAUUUUAACGCUACCUCUUUGGCUCUUUGAUCAGUUUAAGUUAAUUGUUGGAUGUUGAUUCAUUUAUCUUUCUUGUUCAUAACUUUUUCUUUCAUCGAUGCAUUAAUUUAUUGGUGUUGAAGGGACAAUGAUUAGGUUAUUUAUAUGACCUAUUGUAAUAUGUGAAUCAUUUGCAUCUUAUAUCAAUAAAACAUUGGCAGCUCCAUAGUAGUAGCAGAAGGAAAAUGGGAGAAGAGCUAAAGAAGAAGCUUUUGCAUCAGCGGAACAAUUCUUUGGUGAGUGAUGUUGGAGAAGAAGAGUCACUAGGAAAAAGGGCAUGGGAAGAAAGCAAGAAGAUGUGGGUGGUAGCAGGUCCUGCCAUAUUCACAAGGUUUUCAACGUUUGGAAUCACUGUGGUUACUCAAUCCUUCAUUGGUCAUAUUGGUUCAACUGAACUAGCUGCUUAUGCUCUUGUCAUCACUGUCUUAGUCAGGUUUGCAAAUGGUGUAUUGAUUGGUAUGGCAAGUGCAUUGGAAACUCUUUGUGGACAAGCAUAUGGGGCAAAAAGAUAUGACAUGCUUGGAGUGUAUCUUCAAAGAUCUUGGAUAGUGUUGUUCAUGACCUCAAUACUUCUUCUUCCUAUUUACAUCUUCACCACUCCAUUGUUAGAGGCUCUAGGCCAAGAAAAAAGUAUUGCUCAAGUAGCAGGAAGCAUUUCUCUGUGGGCAAUAGGAGUGAUAUUUUCUUUUUCUGUGUCAUUCACCUGCCAAAUGUUCCUACAAGCACAGAGUAAGAACAAGAUUAUAGCCUACCUUGCAGCAGUUUCAAUUUCAAUUCACGUUUUGCUGUCAUGGCUUUUAACUGUUAAGUUCAAGUUUGGGCUCAAUGGAGCAAUGACAUCAACACUCUUGGCAUAUUGGAUUCCAAACUUGGGCCAGCUUUUGUAUAUCAUGAAAAAAUGCCCUGACACAUGGAAAGGUUUCACAUUCUUGGCCUUCAAAGAUCUUUGUCCUGUUAUCAAGCUUUCAGUCUCUUCUGGAGCUAUGUUAUGUCUUGAGAUAUGGUACAACACAGUUUUGAUUCUUCUAACAGGCAACAUGAAAAAUGCGGAAGUUUCCAUUGAUGCUCUUGCCAUUUGCCUCAACAUCAAUGGGUGGGAAAUGAUGGUGGCCCUUGGUUUCUUUGCUGCAGCAGGUGUUCGGGUGGCAAAUGAGCUUGGAAGAGGAAGUGCAAAGGCUGCAAAAUUUUCCAUUCUGAUUUCAGUUAUCACAUCAUUUUUCAUUGGUUUCAUACUAUUCUUGGUGUUCCUAUUUCUGAGGGAAAAACUUGCCUACAUUUUCACAACAAACCCUCAUGUGGCUGAAGCAGUCGGCGAUUUAUCACCUUUGCUCUCAAUUUCCAUCUUGUUGAACAGUGUUCAACCUGUGCUCUCAGGUGUUUCUGUGGGAGCUGGGUGGCAAAGCGUUGUAGCAUAUGUAAACAUAGGAUGUUAUUACCUUAUUGGUAUUCCUGUUGGACUGAUGCUUGAUAAACUUCUCCAUUUGCAAGUCAAGGGUAUUUGGAUUGGAAUGUUGUUUGGAACAUUUGUUCAAACCGUGAUGCUUAUUACAAUCACAUUUAAAACUGAUUGGGACAAACAGGUAGAGAUAGCUCGAAAUCGUGUUAACAAAUGGGCAGUGGUGGAGAACCAAGAAUCAAACAAUAGAUCAAGUGGAUCUAGCUAAACGUUAUAUCUACCAUUUCACAUUUUAUCAUCUGUGUAAAACACCAUCCCAAUCACACUUGGGUAAUGCACUAUUCCCAUCAUUGAAAUGUAUGAUUGA